AUGGCUGACUUCCUACUACCUGGUACCAACAACUUCCGUAAAUUCACUCCAGAAUCCUUGGCUGCCAUUGAAAAGAGAAUUGCUGCCAAGAAGGAUCAUCAAAAAAGUACCUUAGACCAGAAACCUGAGGAGAAACCACGUCCUCAGCUUGACCUAAAAGCUUUCCAGAAAUUGCCAGCUCUCUAUGGAAAUCCUCCUCCAGAACUCAUUGGGGAACCACUGGAAGACCUUGACCCAUACUACAAAGAUCGCAAGAUCUUCAUAGUGGUAAACAAACAGAAAACAAUCUUCCGGUUCACGGCCACACGUGCCUUAUGGAUCCUCAGUCCUUUCCAUCCCAUCCGAAGAGCAGCAAUUAAAAUUUCAAUACAUUCAUUAUUCACUUGGUUUAUAAUAUGCACAAUUAUAACUAAUUGUGUGUUCAUGGCUCGGAAUGAGUCCUCUAGGAGUUCAUCUCCAUCAUGGAACAAAUAUGUUGAAUUUACUUUCACUGGCAUUUACACUUUUGAAUCAUUGAUAAAAAUAUUGGCAAGAGGCUUCUGUCUAAAUGAAUUCACUUUCCUUCGAGAUCCCUGGAACUGGUUGGACUUCAGUGUGAUCGUAAUGGCAUUUGUGGGAGCAUUCAGCAACCUGGGGAGCGUGUCGGUCCUUCGGACAUUCAGGGUUCUGAGAGCCUUAAAAACCAUUUCAGUACUCCCAGGGCUCAAGGUCAUUGUAGGUGCACUAAUCCAGUCUGUUAAGAAACUUGCCAAUGUGAUGAUCCUGACCGUUUUCUGCCUGAGUGUCUUUGCCCUCAUAGGCCUCCAGCUUUUCAAGGGCAAUCUGAGAUACAAAUGCAUGAAGAAUUAUACAGAUUCCAGUAUCACAGAUUUUUUAAAUAACAAAACAUGGGAAUCCAUUUUUGCAACAUUUGCUGAUUAUGCAGAACACUUUGCCAUUAAGCCGGGCACCUCGGACAUCUUGCUAUGUGGUCCUGGAGCUGGGACCUGUCCUCCAGAAUAUACAUGCAAGAAAAUUGGGCCAAAUCCUGAUCACGGUUUCACCAGUUUUGAUACAUUUGGCUGGGCUUUUCUCUCCUUAUUCCGCUUGAUGACCCAGGACUACUGGGAACGUCUGUAUCAGCAGACCCUCAGAGCUUCUGGGAAGGUGUAUAUACUCUUCUUCAUGCUGGUCAUCUUUCUGGGCUCGUUUUAUCUAGUCAAUUUGAUUCUGGCUGUAGUAACAAUGGCAUAUGAAGACCAAAAUAAGGCCACCAUUGCUGAGACAGAGGCAAAAGAAAGGAAAUUUCGGGAAGCCAUGGAAUUAUUACAGAAAGAGCAGGAGUCACUGACUGCGAAAGGGAUUGAUAUCCUGUCAAUUAGCUCCUUUGAAGGCUCUCCUUUGUCUGCCAAAGAAAUCAAAGAAAGAAGCAACAGGAAAAAGAGAAAUAAGUCCUUGGGGAUAGAAGAGCAUGAAGAAGAACAGUUUCCCAAGUCACAGCUCACAGACAGUCAACGAAAGUUGUCCCUCCUGGGCUUGCUGUAUGGUGCCAACAGCAAUCAGGUGAAACGCAGGCUUAGCCAUGGCAGUGUGUUCAAUUUCCAAAUACCUGCUUUAGAAGUUGACUCCAAAGCGGAUUCCGCUGAUGAGGAACCCCACAGCACAGGGGAGAACAAGAUCCAGGGCAGGUCAAUGUCAGUGCCACAGGUGGGAAGACGCUCCAGCAUGCCAAGCCAAAAGAGCUAUGGCUCCCACCCUGCCACCCCAAGCUGCAUGCAGAGCAGCAAGCGGGCCAACGUGGACGACUGCAAUGGCCCCAUUUUGGUGAUGGGAGGAGGGAACGGCAAGGUGCAUGGCUUAGAUACAGCCCCUUCUGAGGGGAUAAUGCUUCCUCCAGUAAUGGAAGAUCUGGGGAAGGGUGAUCUGCCAGCUGUGAAUGAUGAGAGCAGCAUGAUGCAUUUACAUCCUCAGCUAUCAGUGGAGUACUUUAAUGAGACAUUUCAAAGGCAAAGGGCAGCAAGUGCAGUCAGCGUAAUUACCAGUGUCUUAGAGGAACUUGAAGAAUCCCAACAGAAAUGCCCAAGAGUCCUGAAAGAUUUUGCUUUAAAGUAUCUGAUUUGGAACUGUUGUCCACUUUGGUUGAGAAUCAAGAAAAAAGUGGCUGCUUUCAUAAAGGAUCCCUUCAUUGAUCUCACCAUAACGCUCUGCAUUGUGAUGAAUACUUUGUUUAUGGCACUGGAACACAAUAAUAUGACACAUAAUUUUAAAUUAAUGCUUAAUGUGGGCAACUCGAUCUUUACAGGAAUCUUCACCGCAGAAAUGGUCUUAAAAAUCAUUGCUCUAGAUCCCUACUAUUAUUUUCAGCAGCCCUGGAAUAUUUUUGACAGCAUAAUUGUCACACUGAGUUUAAUUGAGUUGAGUUUACCCAGAUACGGAAGCAAAAAAGAAAGGCGAAAAGGAGGAACCCUGACAGUUUUACGGUCCUUCAGACUGCUGAGGGUCUUCAAACUAGCAAAAUCCUGGCCAACUUUAAACACCCUCAUUAAAAUCAUUGGUAACUCCCUGGGUGCGCUGAGUAACCUGACCCUCGUCCUGGCAAUCACCGUUUUCAUUUUUGCUAUAGUAGGGGUGCAGCUCUUUGGGGGAAGCUAUAGGAUCCACGGUGAUAAAAUUAAAAAAAAUGGUGAAAUACGCUGGCACAUGAUGGACUUCUUCCAUUCAUUCCUUGUCAUUUUCCGAAUUCUGUGUGGAGAAUGGAUUGAGACCAUGUGGGACUGCAUGGUGGUAGCUGAAAAACCACUGUGCCUUCUUGUCUUUCUGCUGGUCAUGGUAAUAGGAAAUUUAGUGGUACUCAACCUCUUCAUUGCGCUGCUGUUGAAUUCCUUCAGUACUGACUGUCUCCAAACAGCAGAAGAUGAUGGAGAGAUGAACAAUCUACGGAUUGCUUUUGCUCGGAUUCAUAAGGGACUGCACUUUUUGAAGAGUGUGAUGUGGAACACCUGUUGUGGAAAGCUCAAGCAUCUAAAGAAAGCGCAGAAGAAGAAAAACAAAUUGACUGCCCAGAACCCGCUGGGUUUGGGAAAAGAAAGAAAAAAUUGUAAAGACAAUUACAAUAUUGAAUGGGCUGAAAAAAAUGGGGAAAUAUGCUCAGGUCUUGAUGAUUUUAUUACCAAUCCCAAUGUAUUUGUUUGUGUCCCUAUUGCUGAGGAAGAGAAUACAAGUGAGGGUUUUGAAGAUGAAGAUAAACUGAGCACAUUUUCAGACACAGACUACAGUAAACAGGAAAAUUACCUGAGGCAAAGAGGGGAAAGAGGGAAAACCUCAGGAAGCUGGAGUAAAGUGUCAGGACUUUCCUCUGAAGAAUUCAGUGUGCUUUACCUAGGAAAAGAUAGGAAGCUUGAACCAUCAUCACCAGAGCAUAAAGAGUUUGACUCUGUCAGCUCUUCUGAAGGCAGCACAGUGGAUCUGACAAACCCUGAAGAUCUGUUGAGGCAGAUUCCAGAGUUUGCUGAAGACAAGAAGACUCCAGAAAAAUGUUUUUCAGAAGGUUGUGUUCGAUACUUUCGUUGCUGUAAGGGGAGAGCCAUAAACUUUGGAGGAAAAACAUGGUGGAAUCUGAGGAAAACCUGCUACCAAAUUGUUGAGCACUCCUGGUUUGAAUCCUUUAUCAUAUUCAUGAUUCUUCUGAGCAGCGGAGCCCUGGCAUUUGAAGACAUUCAUAUAAACGAGAGACAAACCAUCAAAGCUGUGUUGUUGUUCCUCGACAGAUUGUUCACUUUUGUCUUCUUUCUGGAGAUGAUCCUGAAAUGGGUGGCUUAUGGCUUCACUAAGUAUUUCACCAAUGCCUGGUGCUGGCUUGAUUUCUUCAUUGUAGGUGUAAGUUGUAUCUCUUUGAUAAAUAUCUUAGAUAGUUCACUUGAUGGUAUGAAAUCUCUUAGGACUCUUCGAGCUCUGAGACCUUUAAGAGCAUUGUCACGAUUUGAGGGGAUGAGGGUGGUGGUCAAUGCCCUUGUGGGAGCCAUCCCUUCCAUCAUGAAUGUUCUGCUCGUCUGCCUCAUCUUCUGGCUCAUUUUUAGCAUCAUGGGAGUCAACCUGUUUGCUGGGAAGUUUGGGAAAUGUGUCAACCUAACAGAAGAAAAUUCAAAAUUGGAUAGUUCUAUCAAUGACAAAGCAGACUGUAAAGCAUGGAAUCACACAGGAAAAAUAUUCUGGGUCAAUGUUAAAGUCAACUUUGAUAAUGUUGGCUCUGGCUACCUGGCUCUUCUGCAGGUGGCGACAUUUAAAGGUUGGAUGGAGAUCAUGUAUGCAGCAGUAGACUCGCGAGAGAAAAAUGAGCAGCCGAAAAUGGAGCACAGUUUAUUUAUGUAUCUCUACUUCGUGACCUUCAUCAUCUUUGGAUCUUUCUUUACCCUGAAUCUCUUUGUUGGUGUUAUUAUAGACAAUUUCAACCAACAAAAGAAAAAGUUUGGUGGGGAAGAUAUAUUUAUGACAGAGGAACAGAAAAAAUAUUACAAUGCCAUGAAAAGGUUGGGAUCCAAGAAACCUCAAAAACCCAUUCCAAGACCAUUGAAUAGAUACCAAGGAUUCCUUUUUGACAUUGCAACAAAUCAAGCCUUUGAUAUCGUUAUCAUGAUUCUCAUCUGCCUUAAUAUGAUCACCAUGAUGGUGGAAACCUAUGAACAAAGUGACACGAAGACCAACGUUCUUAACAAAAUCAAUAUACUCUUCGUUGCUAUCUUUACUACAGAAUGUAUACUGAAAUUGGUGGCUCUGAGGCAGUACUAUUUCUCAAAUGCCUGGAACAUAUUUGAUAUAGUUGUUGUGAUCAUGUCAAUUGUUGCCUUACUGCUUUCUGGCAUUGGUAAAGCAUUUGAACAUUUCUUACCACCUACACUCUUCAGGGUCAUUCGCUUGGCCCGAAUUGGACGAAUACUGAGACUCAUCAGGGCUGCCAAAGGAAUUCGAACUCUCCUUUUUGCCUUAAUGAUGUCCCUACCUGCUCUGUUCAACAUUGGUCUCUUGCUUUUUCUGGUCAUGUUCAUUUAUGCCAUUUUUGGCAUGGCUAACUUUGCCUAUGUGAAGAUGGAAGAUGGCAUUGAUGACAUGUUCAACUUCCAAACUUUUGCUAACAGCAUGCUCUGUCUCUUUGAAAUUACAACAUCAGCUGGCUGGGAUGGCCUUCUCAGUCCUAUUUUAAACACUGGGCCACCGUACUGUGACCCAAAUAUAACUGGUAGAGUAGGUGAGUGUGGUAAACCUGCAAUGGGAAUUGUUUAUUUUGUGAGUUAUAUCAUUAUAUCAUUUCUCAUUGUUGUAAACAUGUACAUAGCUGUUAUUUUGGAAAACUUCAAUGCUGCUACCGAGGAAAGUACAGAACCUUUAGGGGAAGAUGACUUUGACAUCUUUUAUGAAAUCUGGGAGAAGUUUGAUCCUGAAGCAACUCAGUUCAUAACUUUCUCUGCACUUUCAGACUUUGCAGAUGCUUUGGUCGAACCUUUACGUGUACCAAAACCAAACAAAAUUGAACUCAUAGCAAUGGACUUGCCCAUGGUCAGUGGAGAUAGGAUCCAUUGCUUGGAUAUUUUGUUUGCGUUUACUAAACGAGUGUUAGGGGAUUCUGGGGAAAUGGAUAAACUGAAAGUACAGAUGGAGGAGAAGUUUAUGGCUGUCAAUCCAUCCAAAAAAUCCUAUGAGCCAAUCUCCACUACACUCAGACACAGACAAGAGGAAGUUUCUGCCACAGUCAUCCAGCGUGCCUACAGGAGUCAUUUGCUCCAGCGCUCCAUAAAGCAUGCUUCUUACCUGUAUCAACACAGAACAUACAGUGGUGACACUCUUGGUGAUGCUGCUCCAGAAAGAGAAGGACUCAUAGCUUCUAUGAUGGGUGAAAACUAUGGCAGGAAUCUUGAUGGAUCUCAAACUUCAUCCUCAGCAUCCUUUCCUCCAUCAUAUGACAGUGUCACAAGAGCCAGUAGUGGCAAUCUGAUAGUUGAGAACGAAUUCACAGGUGACCAAAAAUCUCUGGACAUUAAAUAGUUUAUGAGUAACAAUGCUGUUAAGAAAUGUUCACAGAAGAUGAUACUGUAAAUACACAUCAGCCGAGGCUGCCUUCCCCAUUAAAAUGGAACUGCCAGAAUUGAUCAUUUAGCCAUGGUUAAGCCUGAUCACUUAACUAUGCUAGUGGGCAAGCUUUAGCCUUGGACUCUAUGUUCAGCUUUGUUCAAUAUUAAUACAGGCAGGAAAAGCUGUAAAGG